UAUCUUGUUUGGCUACCGAGAAAAACCCAGUGAACGAAGAGAAAAUCCCAUUUCCAUGGAGAGAUUGCAGCGGAUCUUCGGCGCCGGGAGCGGUCUGGGCCACCCUCCACCUGAUUCUCCGACACUCGACACGUCGGAGCAGGUCUACAUCUCUUCUCUCGCCCUCCUCAAGAUGCUUAAGCAUGGAAGAGCUGGGGUUCCUAUGGAGGUUAUGGGGUUGAUGCUUGGAGAGUUUGUGGACGAGUAUACUGUUCGAGUUGUUGAUGUAUUUGCCAUGCCUCAGAGUGGUACUGGUGUUAGUGUUGAAGCUGUUGAUCAUGUUUUCCAGACUAAUAUGCUUGACAUGCUCAAACAGACUGGAAGACCUGAGAUGGUGGUCGGUUGGUAUCAUUCCCACCCUGGAUUUGGCUGCUGGCUUUCUGGUGUUGACAUAAAUACACAACAGAGUUUUGAAGCUUUGAAUCAACGAGCUGUAGCAGUGGUGGUAGAUCCAAUCCAGAGUGUCAAAGGGAAGGUUGUGAUCGAUGCAUUCCGUCUGAUAAAUCCUCAAACCAUGAUGCUUGGCCAAGAACCCCGACAAACAACAUCAAACCUUGGCCACCUGAAUAAACCGUCAAUCCAGGCUUUGAUUCAUGGGUUGAACAGACAUUACUACUCCAUAGCCAUAAACUAUAGGAAGAACGAGCUCGAGGAGAAGAUGCUGCUUAACCUCCACAAGAAGAAAUGGACAGAUGGUCUGACACUAAGACGGUUUGACACCCACUCCAAAACAAAUGAACAGACCGUUCAGGAGAUGUUGAACUUAGCCAUCAAAUACAACAAGGCCGUACAAGAGGAAGACGAAUUGCCACCGGAGAAACUGGCGAUUGCAAACGUUGGAAGGCAAGAUGCGAAGAAGCACCUUGAAGAGCAUGUCUCCAACUUGAUGUCUUCCAACAUCGUCCAGACACUUGGAACUAUGCUGGACACUGUCGUUUUCUAGACCCAGCUCUUCUCAUGGCUUUUGUCGAUGGAUUAACAAUAACCUCAGCUUGUUGUUAUCCCUCUUCCAAGGGGGAAGAAGAGAAGGAUGAUGAACACUUGUCUCUCCCUUGAGAUGUUAUUGUUUGUGUUUUCUGCAUCAUGUUGGAUAAUCUCUCUUAUAUGUAAGAUCAUGCCAAGGUUAAAGAAUCUGAUAUGAGACCAAUAUCAAGUAAGAUUGCAGAUAUUUGACACUUUAUGAUGGUAGUUUGAUA